UUUUUUUUUUGAUAGCGUCUUACAUAGGUUUUUUAUGUGUGGAAUUUGCAUCUUUUUCAAUACCAUUUGAUGGGUUCUGUACUUUUGCCCUACAACAAAAAAAAAAAAAUCAUCAAUUUAAUUCCGUGCCUUGUUUAAAGGGCUAACAAAAAAUGCUGCACACUGCCAAAUUUACAAUGUAUGUAUCCAAAUCCAUGUUAUGACUCUUUAUUUAAUUUACAGUGUCCCAAAAGUAUAAGGGUGUGUGGCACUCAUUGGCUGCCAUUGACGGCGCUAUACGUCCAAUACAUCUUGUCUGGUAGAGGCUGACUAAUGGUGAAUAAUACCAGCCAUCCCUUCCAGUCAAAAUGGACUGGAUGUCUAGCGCUUUCAACGGCGCUGAAAGAUGAGUGUUGAUUGCCAACCCUCCCAGUUGAAUAGAUUACACCUCUAUCGCUGUCAAUGGCGAGCAUUGAGUUGCCGUAAUUUUCGGACUAUAAGGCGCACCAGCAGCCACCCACCAGAUUUGACACGAAAACGGCAUUUGUUCAUAGAUAAGCCACACUGGACAAUAAGCUGCAGCCGUCCUCACUGUAGCAUAGGAUAUUUAUACCAAAAUAUAUUAACUGGUAACACUUUAUUAGACAGCGGCAUCAUAAGACUGUCAUAAGACCAAAUGAACCACCAUGAAGUUUUGAACCAAUUGGCUGCAAAGCUUCAUUACUUCAAGAAGCUUCAUUUGUCCAUCACUGCUCCCUUGAGGGACACAACAUUUGCUGUCAACACUGUUGUCAUCGGACAUGCCUCCUAGCAUGCAUUGCAGCGCUACAGAUGUAAGUAACAAAAUUCAUGUUCUGUGCUGAUUAUUCAGUUAAUCGUCCAGUUGUUUAAUUAAUUGCUAGCUCUGGUAUUUGGUAAUACUUUAUUUAACAAUGGUGCCAUAAAACUGUCAUAAGAACAUCAUAAAUAUGACAUGACGCUGCCAUGAGCAUUAAUGAAUGCUUAUGACAGAUGUCAUUUUGUGCCAUUUGGCAAAUUAACUCACUUUUGAAUAGAUGUAAAAGAUCCGAGCUGGACAUAAAUGGUGUGUUGGUGACAUAAUUUGCCGAAUGAUACUUAAUGACGUGUGAUAAGCAUUCAUUAAUGUCCAUAAUACUGUCAGAAUCAUCUUAUAAUUAUGACUGUCUCAUGGCAAUCUUAUGACGCCACUGUCAAAUAAAGUGUUACCUAUUAACUCAAAUAAAUCAGCAAAUUAGCUGCGCUGGUCUAUAAGCCGCAGGAUUCAAAAUGAGAGAAAAAAGUUGCGGCUUAUCGUCCGAAAAUUACUGUAAAUGCUGUGAAAUUUAAAAAUAAAGUCUCUGCUUGUCUGCGUGGCUGUUGCAUGUUUGGUGGGGCUAGCGUGCGGCUGGAUGUGAUUGGGCGCGCUCGGGUGGGGGGCCUCGGUGCCGGGACUGGCCAUGGGGUGGCGUAGGGUCGGUUGCCGACGGGCUUACACUCACAAGGGAUUCACAUGAUUACUGGUUUCUGGAUCACUGAGCUGAUUUGUGUACACCCCACCCCUUCCAAUCAUUUAUCUUAUAGACACUCCCACCCCCACCCCUUCUUUCCCUGGUCAACAGGCCCCCCACAUGGUGUGAACCGAAAAUACAUCUAGCUGACGAUAGCACCAACAUAUUCAUAGGUAGUAUUGUCAUUCAAUGUAUUUCUUGUUGUUGUUUGUGUUUCUUUAUUUUCUUGUGUUUCUUUUCUUCUGUUCCCCCAUAACCACUUCCUGUUCGCUGUUUUGUCAUAAUAAACGAGGUAUGUUGAAUGAUCACAAUGGGAGUAUGUCAUACUCUAAAUGUGAUUAUGUGACUCAUUAAAACUGUUUAGACCAACCGGAUACUUUGACUGCCAUUCUCCGCGUCAAACAGCUGAACAGGUCAUGUUAAAAAUGAAUGAAUAAAUAAAGUGUUGUUGUGGUCCAUAAAAAUGUUAUUUUUUUAUCCUUUUUUUAAAAUGUUUUUAAUUUUUUUAAACAUUUUAUAAAUUUAUGAAAUUUAAAAACAACUUUAGCAUGCCAUAGGGAACACAACCAGACUGUGUAUAUAUAUUUGUUCAUUAAGACUUCAUUGUUGUUAUUAACAUUUAAUAAUAAUAAAAAAUACAAUCAGGAAAAAUAUAUAACCUAAUAUAUAAGACACGUUUCUUUUCAAUUACCAUGAAAACUUACCCUCUAAAGGGUUAAAAAAAAAAAAAAAGACGUAUAGAACGAUGUUAAUUAGAGGUUAUAUUCCGUCCUAGUUUAUGACUUCCAAACAUAAUUAGCAACAGGUUAUUCAUUAAAAAUGAACUGUGCUCUUGAAGGAAACGGCAUAAAAGCUUUUGGAAAGGCCAUUUAUGCACUUUCACGAAUUGCAGAUGAACUGUGGUUGGACCCCAUGGUCAAGGGGCUGGCUCUGAGAUCAGUGAAUUCAUCUCAGACUGCAUAUGCCUGCUUCUUCUUCUCGCCAAUGUUCUUUCACACCUACAGCCUGGCAUCAGAGCAGACCAUUAAACCCAUUCGUUGCAAGCUGGCUAUGAAGUCUUUGCUACCACUUUUCCGAUGUUCAAUUACAAACGAGCGGAAUGUGGAGCGAUGUCAAAUAUCUGUCGACACUCCAAAUGACAGAGUAAUGAUUCAAUUUUUCUGUAGGCACGGUAUCACAAAAACCCACAACCUAUGUUACCAGGAGAGCGCUCCUCUGCAGGCUGUGUUUGAUUCACAUUUAUGUGCAAAUGUACUUCAGGGUCCAGCCAGGCUUCUUGCGAAUAUGGUGAUGCAUUUCCAAAGAAGUCAAGAGGAAGUCACUCUAUCUAUAACUCCUCUGCGAGUCAGUCUGAGGAAUUACCACGAAGGAAGAAAUGAUCACAUGAAGAUGAUGUACACAGAAAUGUCUUUACACCCUGACGAAUUUGACUUUUUUCAGUCUGGAGGCGACACAGCCAUCACUUUCUGUCUGAAAGAACUGAGGGCUUUGCUGACCUUUGCGGAGUCGCUCUACCUAUUGGUCUCAGUCCAAUUCGGUGCUGCAGGAAAGCCUCUGUGCUUCUCUGUGGAAAACCCUGUCCUCGAAGCCACGGUGGUGCUGGCUACUCUAAAUGACUAUGACAGUGGGGGCCCAUCUCGACCGACAAAUACCCUAGAACCAACUAUAUCUCGAUGCACGGAUGCUGCAGCCAGAGACAACCCUUCCAGUCCAGGUGCUGUCAUGGAAGUGGUCCCAUCCAGCCAGGGCAGCCCCACCGAUAGGCCAGACUCUCAUCUGCUGCUUUACAACAGCAAACUUCUUGAAGUUUGCACCAUCGAUAUGACUGGGAGUAGUCCUGCCUCCUCCAUGAUCUGCUCCCUCCUGUUUCAAGCUUCCCCGUCAAAGCAAGAUGAGAAUUGUGCUGCCUCGGUUCUGGUUUGUGAGAGCGAAAUGGAGAUGGACGAAGACCUGGAAUGAAUUCCUGGACUCUCAAGUUCCCAAAACUGAAAAUUGUUCCCAAUAAGUAUUAACAUUUAAUAUUUUUUUUAUGGCACAUUAUUAACAGCCUUGAUAAUUAAUUCAUCCCAUUUGAAUUCGUAAAAGGAUUUAUUCAUUAACUUAAGAUUAUUUAUUGCAUCAUUUAACAGUAAAAUGAACUGUUCAAGUUCAGAGUGUAUGUGGAAUCACAUCAGUCAUCUUACAAGAGAAUAUUUAAUAAAUACUAUCAUCUUUAUUUAAAUAGCAUACAGCAGAUCUGCAUUGAUGUGUACGUACAUCCAAAAAUAUACAGACACGCUCCGGUUUGUUUGGAGGAGGGAAAUUACGUUCUGGGCACAAAAAAAGUUCACAGUAGCCGCAUCUUCCCAAAAAAAAAAAAAAAAAAAAAAUUGCUUGAUCAUGGUAAGGCUACUAAGAUUGCCCUUAGACACGCUAGAAUGCUUAAAUGUAGCAUUCAUUGCUUUACCUCAAUCUCCCUUUUGUCUUCCGUAAUAAGGAGACAGUCUUUUAGUGCAAUCUUGUAAACUGUAAUCUUAUUUGAUGGCUUUAUUACUAUUCCUCAUUGCUUCUGACUGACUUGAACUAAGGAAAGUUGAAUUUAAAAUGAUGUGAUCAAAAAAACAUUUGACUCAUGGCUAAUCGCAACUUGAGGCUUGUAUCUGCCAGUAUCAUCAUCAUCUGAUACAAGGCACGUCAUUAACGCACUACACAGAAAUUGACCAAAAGUGCAGUAAAUUCAUAAUGCAAAAUAAGUAAAAAUGUAAAAUAUAACAGCAACUUUGCCGCCACAGGAACAAGUAGGAAAUGCCGACUGUGAUGUUUUAAGUUCGAUUAAAGUCAACUAACUGCUUCAACAAAGUAGAAAAAUAAACUUGCGCUUUCCCAUUUGCUUCUUCAGCUUUGUGCGUGUUAAGCCGCGACACAGUUUUCGCCCGUACGGCGCCUUCAGCCUUGGCUUCCAUUUCAUACACAUUUGUCACAAUUCCUCAUGAAACACACAAACACGUCACAAUCACAGCAGCAGUGAGAUUAAAGGGAGGCCAUCUGUUUGAUGGAAUAUAUCGUGUAUGAGCCUCGUGGUAUUAAAAGUUAUAUACGGAUGUGAAGGCAGCUGCUUCUUCAUGAAAUCAGAUUGAUUUAACUUGAGGGCAAGGUUUGUAUUUUUUUUAACAUACAACAUAUAAAAAAUCUCCCAGCAUCCAUAUACAAAAUUUACCAAUAACCACUGUUAAAAAAACAUAACCUAACUUCUUCAUUUAUCCAGCCACAAGGGUGACACAUCCUGCGUAAGCUCUUUUCGCCACAAAAGAGGUGAAGUGUAUACUUCCCUUCUAGCUGCUCUAACCUUUACAAGACUCCUAACAACUCAUCUGAGGGCAGAUGUCCUGUCUGAAAGAAGCUUCAUCAUACAACCGCUUCCAUCCAAGGUACGCCGAUUACCCAGGGAGCACUAUCCAUUGCUUUUUAGGGCUUCUUGCUGCUUUUACAUCCACCUGGUCAUCUGAGGUUUGGGGUGAAGUACAACUGCGGCAUGCUGGCAAGGAAAAAAAAACAUCUGAUGUCAUCCUCAGUCCUUCAUCCUGUCCAGCAGGAGUCAGAGCAGUCCAUCCAGCCACAGUCCUGACCCUAGUCAGUAUAUUCUGCUACUAUGGACAACAGCACUGUGAUGUCAUCAGGCUUCCCUCCUAGGAAGGAAAAAAAUCAAAACCAAUUUAAAAGAAAACACAUAUAUGGAU